ACAGUAAUUCUCUCUUAGGUUUCGAUAGCAGUCGCCGCACGAUAACGAGCCCAAAGGCCCAACUGCCCAGUGCCGCCCGUCAGCUUCUUCCUCCACCUAAAUAAACCCUAAUAAUUUCAUGAGCAUCUAUCUACAGGAGCUUCGAAGCAAGCAAUGCCCGAUCCUUAAUUCCCCCGUCAUGCUUCUCUCCCUCGAUUCUCCCGCAUCGAUACUAUGCUUCACCGCCCCCUUCACCUGCCCCUUGCUGCCGCAGUAAGACCCCUCCGCGCCAUUUCCUCCGUCCCCACCGCUGGCUGCAUAUAUGAAUCCGAAGGAGACUUUAGCGAUUCGCCGCCGCUCGCCGACGAGAUCUUCCAGGACGCCCAGCGUUCCGGAGGAUACACUCAGGGCGACGCCACCUACCUGGCCCUCGCUCGCGCCUAUGCCGACCGCGAUCCGCCUGACCUCCCUGCCAUCGGCCGCCUCCUCGCCCGCAUGCGUCGAGAGCGGCCUCGUAGCUUCCCGGAGCGUGUCUUCGUCCCCAUGCUCCGCGCCCUCGGCGCUUCCGGUCGCCCCCUCGCCGCUGUCCGCCUGUUCCUCCGCCUCCCGACUUUUGGGUGCACCCCUUCCGUCAUCUCCUUCAACACUGCCCUCUCCGCGCUCCUUUCCCAACCCGGCGAUCACCAAAAUCACCGCCUUGCAGUUCCCUUCUACUCCUCUGCCAUCCGCCGCCGCCCUUCGAUCGCACCCAACCUCCUCACCUUCAACCUCCUCCUCAAGUCCCUCUGCCGGUCUGGUGACCUGUCCGGUGCGGUCCGCCUUCUCCGCCACAUCCCCCUCCGUGGCCUCCGUCCCGACUCCUACUCCUACUCCACUGUCAUUGCCGCCUUCGCUGCCGCCGGCCGACUCACCGACGCCCAUGCCCUCCUCGACGAGAUGCUCCUCGAUGGGGUGCCUCCCGCUGCGCCGGCAUUCAAUGCUCUCAUCGCUGCCCUCUGCCGCACUGGCGACCUCCGACGCGCCGCCAACCUCACUCGCUACAUGCUCCUCAAAGGCUGCCCCCCUUCCCUCCCCACCUACAACACACUCCUCCACGCCCUCUGCCGCCACGGUCACCUCAACGCCGCCGUCCAGCUUCUCGACCGCAUGAACCGAGUUGGAAUCGUCCCCAACGAGAUAACCUGCGGCGCCAUCGUGCACGGCCUCGUCGAGCUCCGCCGACCUUUGGACGCCCGGCGCGUCUCGGAGCAAAUGGAGCGAAAGGGUGUUCGCCUCAACGAGUUCGUCUACUCGGCCCUCAUCGCUGGCUUCUUCCGCUGCGGUGAGCCGGAUGAGGCGGCGGCCUUGUGGGAGGCAAUGGCGGGCAAGGGGCUGCAACCCAACGCGGUGCUUUACACUGCCCUCAUCGAUGGUUUCUGCCGCCACGGCCGCAUCGAGGCGGCGGAAGAGGCGUUCUCGAAAAUGAGGUCGGAGGGCUGCGCGCCCACAGUGGUGACCUUCAGCGCCAUGAUGCGUGGGCAGUUCAAGGCGGGCAACACCGAGAAAGCGCUGGCACUGUGGGAGGAGAUGGUGGAGUCCGGAUGGGAGCCCAACGCGGUGAGCUACAGCGUUCUUAUCAACGGGCUGUGCGAGGCGGGGCGGCUCCGGGACGCCAUGAUGGUGUGGAAGAACAUGAUGGGCCGGGGCUGCGCGCCCGACGUGAUCGCCUACACCUCCAUGAUCAAAGGGCUAUGCGAGGCGGGAAUGGUGGAGGGGGCGCUGAGGCAGUUCGAAGAGAUGCUCGUCAGCCGGGCGACGGAGCCGGACGUCAUCACCUACAACUUGCUGUUCGACGCGCUGCUGAAGGAGGGCAAUGUAGGGCGGGCGGUGAGCCUCCUGGGCCGGAUGGUCGACCGUGGGUGCGAGCCGGAUCGGGUCACGUACAACGUGUUCUCAAACGCCUUAUUGGAGGACGGGAGGGGGAUGGAGCUCAUGGAUGGGCUAGUGGUGAGGCUGCUGAAGAGGGAGAUGGUGGCAGCCGCCGCUGAGACUGUCGAGGUGAUGCUCCGCAAGUUCCUUGUGCCGCAGAUGUCGACAUGGGACAUGGUGUUGAGAGUGAUCUGCAGUAGGCAAAUGGUUUUGCGAAGGAUGGAUAGCUGCUGGGUAGAGAUUUGGAGAUGACCUAUUUUCCUGCUGUAUGCGUCAUUGAUUGCUGAAAUUACAGGAUUAUUCACUUUACCUGCAAGGGAUUGUAUCAGUUUAGAUUUACUAAAUCUGUUUUAUCAUCACGGCGUCA